AUGGCAGUUGGAGACAUUGCUUCUUAUAUAGACCACAGCAAUUCUGUUAUCCCAAUUUGGCUUAUUGAAAUUCUGCAAGAACUAAAUGCAGACAUCAUGUUCAAGCAAAAAGGGAUGCCAAAAAAAAAUGGGCAAACAAUUGAUCAUUUUUUUUCUAUUACAAAAUCUAAUGAAAGUGAUGAAAUAAGUGAAGAAUCUAAAGAUGAACCUAAUGAUAAUGAUGAUUAUUUCUAA